AUGGCGAUAGCAACGAGCCACAUGAACGCUGAAAGCUCAUACCCACGAUCAACAAUGAGACAGUCGAAUCAUUCCAGCUCCCGGCCUCUUUGCGGGAUAUGUCGAGAAAUAUCACUGGAUCAAAUGGGCGUGUCGGAUGACCGGAAGAUGCAGCGUCACCAGCCUACCUACCUCGCCCUGAAACAAUCCAUGGACCAUGGGUGUGUGCUUUGUCGCUUUAUCUGGCACGCCCUGGGGCAAAGCAACUCGCGAGAGGGGGACCGAGGAAGUGACGCUCUAGCUCACGUGUCCGAGAAAUAUCCCGGCAGAGAGAUCUCUCUUGUCGCUUGGCCGGGCGUGACCCCAACAGGAUAUUUGGAUCGCAUCCAGAUCAUCACAUCUGGGGAGAUCCCUGAUGCGGAUACUGACGAUGAGGAUGGUGAUGAUGGGCCCGCUGAUCCGAGCAUGCACCCCGACCAUCAGUUCGCUUUGUCUGGGGUGCUUGACAUUUUCGCAUAUGCAGGUAUGAAAGUUUCAAACGAUGACUUUGCGUUUGCCACUCAAUGUCUUCAAAAAUGUCUGAGCAAUCACGCCGGGUGUGGUCGACGAGAUGAGAUUCCACGUCUCCCUACUCGAGUUCUUGACCUCGGACCAUUUGAUGGUUCUCGGGUGCCUUACCUGCUACAUACUGCUGGUCGACAGGGUCAAUAUAGCGCAUUGAGCCAUUGUUGGGGUGGCCAUGUGCCAAUCACAACGACGAGUGACAAUAUUGAGGAACAUACGAAGGCCAUUUCCAACCUACCUCCGACCUUCAGAGAUGCAGCCCGUAUUUCGCGGAGGCUAGGAAUUCGAUAUCUGUGGAUUGACUCGUUGUGCAUUCUCCAAGACUCCAAAGAGGACUGGGAGAAGGAAUCAGCCAUGAUGGGAGAGAUUUACAAACACAGCGUGCUGACAAUAGCCGCAAGAGCAGCCAGAAAUGCCCGGGAUGGCUGUUUCAUCACAAGACACCGUGAUGUCCCAGCAUGUCGACUCGAGUACCGAAGCCCGGACAAUCAGUUGGUGGGCAGCAUCUACGUUCGGGAUCCCACAUUCGAAAUUGAACGUCUGACACAGACACCCCUUGACAGCCGUGGUUGGGUACUGCAGGAAAAGCUCUUGUCGCCUCGCAUACUUUACUACGGAGCUCAGCAGCUGUACUGGGAGUGCAGACAAACCUCGAUCCGCCAAGAUGGGAAAUACCAUUACAUCCAACAAGACGCUGUGCAACCUGCCAUGUGGAAGGAAAGGAUGGACAUAUUUGCGCCAUACCAGUCCGUAUACCCCAACUUCAACAGAAUACCACCAGACUGGACCGAAGCAAAGCAUGAGCUCGCAGCGAGGAUGAGACAGUGGUACAAUUUAGUUGCGGAGUACAGCGGGCGCCAGCUCUCUUUUCACACCGACAAGCUGCCUGCCAUAGCUGGCAUUGCCAAGGAAUGGGCCAAGUCUGUUGACUUGUUUUACAUUGCUGGACUCUGGCGAGAGGACAUUCUGGCGGGACUUCUCUGGUACGGAAGGAAAACGGCAAUGAAUCCCCCGGCCUCGAGCACAUUGCCCUCCUGGUCUUGGGCGCGCUACAGUGGCAAGGUCAGCUUUUGGGCCGCUCGCGAUUCCACCUUUGGGUUUUCGGAUUACUCUUGUGAGUUUGUCGACCUGUCUUUCCGUGCGAGUGGUGCACUGGGAAACUACGGCGAUGUAGUGGGAGCAAAGCUGGAGCUACGAGGGCGUAUUCUUCCUGUGCGUCACGCGACGAGAAUAAGUCUGGGGAAGAACUUCAUUGUUGGACCGAAUAUCUUUGGUUAUGGUGGGGAGCAGAUUGGGGUGGCCACUUUUGAUGUCCCCCCCUCAACAUUCGAUGCGCUAUUUGUUCUGCUUGUCCAUGCUGGUGUCGGCAACGUAGGAUAUGGCGCUUAUUAUGCAGCAGGUCUACUCAUCUCCCCUGUGCCGACAGAGCAGGGCACUUUUAUGAGGGUGGGUUAUGUCAAUAUGGAGAAGGGACAUGGAGAGGGCUGGUGGGAGACAAGAUCGGCGGCUGAUUACUUUGAGCAUAUCCCGACGAGGACGUUGUUCUUGAUAUAG